GGUGAGUGUACAGCAACAAUGAGCGACAAAUCAUUCCAAUUAGCGUCUGUUUGGGCUCGUUGUUAGGGGAUUUACGUCAGCGCUAACAAUACUCGAAAAACAUUUUGGACAGAGAAUAAAAAUAAUCGACGCGGCAUCUCUUCUUUCCGUAUUGAAAAUGGUUUUCUAUAAUCGAGUGGUGGUUAAGACACGAAAGGAUAUUUGCUGGUGCAAAUCUUGUCGAUUUGUAAUACUUUAAGAAGCUUUUACUACUAACAAGUUGUUGAUUUAGGCUUACGUUUCUUUCAAUCACCUCGGCGAUGACCUCUGUGAGUUCCAGUGUUACAACCGGUCGACGAAGAACCUCUAGUUCCUCUGAUGUGAUGGCGUCGAUGACAGCUGCGAGAGCUGCAGCGACAUAUUUCGACAAAAUAGAACGUUACGAGCUGCAAGAAACACUCGCUUAUACCUCCUGCGACUGGCUGCUUUCGACCGAAGACACAAGGAUUUCUGUUGAACCGCCACGCGGACUGAUCGCUGGGAUUCAAAUUCCGAGCGAUUUCAACAACUGUUUGAUUCUUAUUCCCGAAGAAGAGGGGAUCGAACCGUUGGAAUUGCGAGAAAUGCAUCAGAUCGUACGUGAACUGGUCACGGGAAUAUUUAUUUUGAAUCAAACGCCGUCAAUAACUUUGGAAGCGAAUUACGAUUGCAGCACAUCAUGUCAAAUUCCACCAGCUUACUAUGACACGCGAAUCGGUCAGAUAUUGACAAAUGUAGAUUACAUGAUGAAGAGCCUUUGGCAUGGGGCAUACUUCCCAAAAGAUAAGAGAACAAAAUUUGCUGAACGAUGGAGGCAGGCUGUAAAUCUAAAUACAACAACUGGAGAGCCAGAAACCCGGAGGAGCUUGCAACUUGUGUGGACAGAGGCUGGUAUUUUGGAUUUGGCUGUAGAUCCUGAACUGACUGAAGCGUACAAUUCCGUCCCCGACGAAAACAAAGAUGACCUAGAUGCUGUUGAGGAAAAGAGACAUUUUAUGAAGCACGUUGAUGAACUGGCGCUCAAACUGACUUUAUUCCAAAAUGCUGUCAAUCAACAUCAAAACAUAUUCUUGACAGAUGCCAACUAUCACAUUUCAAGCAUUGUUAAAUCAGAUAAAAUUGAUCUUCAUAGUUAUGAAAAGCUACAGAGAAGGUUAGGAGUACAUCAAGAGUUCAUCAGGAACACCCUGCUUCUCAAACCAGACAUAAAACGACAGCUAUGUCUGCUUAAAUUUAUUAGUUUCAUGGUUCCAUUUUUGAUUGCAAUCAAGAAGCGUUGCAAGGUUCCAGAUGUGAACAAACUUCUUCCACCAUUCACUUUUGAAGAGUGCAAAACUGAGCGCGAAUUUCCACCCCUAAUCUUGAGACCCGAAUUCAAAUGUAAAAACUUUGAUCACUCAGAGAAAUAUUUUCAUUUGCAUGGUGGAAUUUCCUUUGUCCGUGAAACACCACCCACACAGAAAAUCUCUACAGCAGUUGUUGCCGAGCGAGAAAAUCUGGAAUAUGUUGCAUCUGAUGCUUAUAACAAAAUAAUGAGCUCAGACACAGUCAUGUUGGAAAGCUAUCCAAUGGUAGCAGUUGAAAUUGAUGGUAAAAGUUAUUUUGUGCUGAACAUUCACUUGGAGACCUUUUACCCAGUAUCACCAAAGCAUCCAUUAUGGAUACAUGCACAUUAUGAUGAAAUUGUGAAAUUGAAACCCAAAAGACUUCCUGUGCAUGAGCUCCAGAUUCAUGAGCAAUUCAAAAAGAGAUAUGGCUAUCAAAGAACUGUGAAACUCAAACAGAUCCCUGCUGGGUUGCAAGCAAGUGCACAGAGAGGACUGGUUUCAAUAUUUCACACCAUGACACGUAGAUUGCCACCAUCACGUCUGACAACUCAAGACUCAUAUGGCCUGUCUCUCAUUCAUCAUGCAGCUAUGUUUAACAGGCCACAGAUUAUUACCAUGUUGGUGGUGAUGGGGUUUGAUGUGAAUGUGCGUCGCUAUAAUAACAUUUCAUCUCAGGGUGUGAGUCCACUGCAUUUGGCAGCUAGAUGUGGUGCUCUAGAUAGCCUUGUGUGCUUGAUGACAUACAAAGCUGACGUGAUGAUGUUUGACAGCCAGGGAUGGGUGUCUGUUCACUAUGCUGCUUUUUUCAACCAUGUUGACUGCCUUCUGCAUCUAAUUCGCCAUGAGCCCAAACUACUAGAACUCAAGUCUACUGAUGAGUUAGAGUCCACUCCAAUUCUUUUAGCUGCUUCUAGUGGGGCAUUAGAUGCUGUAAAAUGUCUGAUUGAGCAGGGAGCACAGUAUACCUCUAUAGACAAGGAAGGAAAUGGGCCUGUUCAUCUUGCUGCUCUUCACUUUCACACCAACACACUAAAAUAUUUUAUUAGCUGGAACAACGAUGAUAUCCCUGUGUGGGACCUUCUUGUCGGCAUGUUGAAGUCUGAAGACAUCAAGAGGAAACAUAGUGCUGUUAAAUGCUUGGAGGUCUUGUCUCUUGCAGCAAAAAACAACUGGAAAUCCAUCCUAACGGCAGGAGGUGUUCUAGCCCUUGUUGAUCUUCUACGACUUGAUAAUGUGGAGCUGCAAUCUCUUGCUUGUUCUGUUUUGUGCAACAUUGGAAGUCACACUGAGGUCAGAGUAGAAGUGUCUAAAGCUGAUGCAGUUCCUGUUGUUGUCAGUCUUCUGGCAUCACCUGUUCCCAUGAUCCACUCUCGUGCUGCAGUCAUCCUUGGUGAUUUGGCUUGUCUGGAUGUUAACCAAGAAAAGAUCUCGGAGGAAGGGGGAAUACAAUCGCUUGUUGUGCUCCUGGACUCUAAACUUGAACAUGUGUUGGUGAAUUGUGUAAAUGCACUCAGGGUCUUGUGUGAUGGCAGCCAUGACAACCAGACAGCUGUAGCCCAGAGUGGCGCUGUGGACACCCUUACAGAACUUCUAAGCACAAAGUCAAAGAAUCUUCAAGCCAACACAGCAGCAUGCCUAAGUGCUCUGACUAAGGACCAUAGGGAAAACCAAGAUCUGGUUGUAGCCAAAGGAGCUGUUAAGCCACUUGUGUCUUUAGCAAAGAGUACCAAGACGCUUUGCCAAGUGAAGGCUGCAAGUGCCUUAGAAUCACUUGCUACCAGUAACCCAGAGGCACAAAAAGAGAUUGAUGCAGCUGAUGCCCAGAGACCCCUUAUUAGACUCUUGAAAAUGUGGGCCAUUGAAGUCAAGGAACAAGGUUCUGUUGAUGGUGAUCCGCGUGUUGGGUAUCCUGUGUGUUGGCGUGGCUCAUCAAUCCAACAAAUCCACUCAGCUUGAAAUUACAAACGCGGAAGCUCUUGUUACUCUCGUGCAUCUUCUGCGCACCUCAAGAAAGCCGCUUAUUCAGGUUGAAGUGGCCAUAACGUUGGGAAAAGUCGUUCUGAAUAACCCGCAAACCCAGAAGCUUUUGGCAGAACAGACGAAAUUCCGCGUAGUUGAGCUCCUUCAUCAUCUCACCAACAAAGAAGAAACCGUUCGCCUUAAGGCUGGUAUGGCGCUGGCUACUUUCGCCUACAACAACACCUCGCAGCAGUACGCCAUUAAGAACGCUGGAGGAAUCUCGCUGAAGGCUUUUGAGGAAUUCUUGGGGUCUGAGAACGAACUUUACCAGGCCCACGCAGCUUUUCAGAUCAUAGUCCUGGCACGUGUGAUUGAUAGUGAUCAGGUGAACCUAACAGCACGAGGCGUGGAAUUACUAGUGUGCUUGCUCAGUUCUGAUCAACACAGUACGCAGAUACUCGCCGCCAGUUUGACAGCCAGCCUCGGUCACACACGUGCUGGUGUUCCUGCGGCACUUAUCACAGCCGGUUCAGUGGAGGCACUCCUGACCAAUCUCUCCUCACCAAACGAAGAAGUCCGUAGCAGCGCUGCGGUUGCCCUAGGAUACCUGUCGUUCGACCGCACGGCUUCCCGUCUGAUGUUGCAGGCAUGUCGAAAUACUCCGGGUCUGCUGGAGUCACUGGUGGAUAACCUUGGUAACGGGAAGGUAUCCAUGGAGUUUAUGGACGAGUGGAGGCAGACCAAGAUGGUCGGACUGCCCUCCGCUAGUUUGGAGAUCCAUGGAGGGCCUCCAGUACCACAGAGAUUACCACCUGAAGAAAGAAAACGCAGGCCUCGCACAACUCAAAGCAUUGGCUCUUUCCGACGCUCUCGACACCAAGACAUAAAGAGAGUGGCCUCGGCACCAGUGGUUGUAAACAGCUAUCGCAAUCAAGUAAAGGCUGGCAUUGUCAGAGCUAUGUUGCCUCGCUCUGAGUCGUCGCACCUGAGAAGCGCUUUUGGAGCAGCAGAGAUGUGGCGAUCUAAAUUACUAACGUCCAGGCCUACUCUUGAAAAAGGAUUUUCCAGUAAGAGUUCUUGACCACAUAGUGGGGGACUUCAGUGACACUGAAUUGACGGUGGCAUGACUGGAAGAAUUGCUGCUGUGGCCGCCAUUAUCGCAGUUGUCAGAUAUGGCGUGUGCGCCACGCGUUUUCAUGGACUUUUUCAAAAUAUAACUCUGCCGUGUUAGUUUAGACAGGAGUCUGCUUAAGGGUGUACGAAGGAAAUUUGCACCAAAACUAGUAGUAAGACUCCCCCACCCCACCCCUUAGCGAAUAUUAAGUCUUUUUCACUACGCACAAAUUAAAUUGUCAGGUCAUAGUGCUAACUGAUUGAAUUACGAAGUCAAAAUAUAUUCAUGGCAUUAGUAUUUCGCCAAAUAAAAUUCCAAUCGGCCGA